AUGUCUUCCCAAACUGCCCCUGAGAAGAUCAACACCAGCCCCGUGAGGCCCGCUUUCCGGUGGGCCCUCGGCCGCAGGCGGCAGCGGAGGCUGCCCAGUGUCUGCCUUGGUGGAAAGAAGCCCGGCCGCCGGUUGUCGUUCGCCAGGGCUUGUAGGAAAGUGAAGCUGAAUUGGCUUAGGGUAAAGUAUGCCUUCAUGCUUAGGAAACUGAAAAGCUAUUAUGCCUCCCUUUUGAAGGAGAGAGGGACAAUUGGGUCAUUUCAGCAGAGGAUGUAUAUGGAGCAUUCUUUAGCUGUUCCUGUUUUGGGGCCUGCGAUUUGCUGA